UUUAUUGAGAGGCCUGCGUCUGAAUCAAACACUCUGCUCGCGAAACCUACUUUCGUGCAGUUGACUGCCCGUUUUAUUUUAGGAUCUUUUGACCAUAUGCGAGCAGGAUGAACAUUUUCAGACUAGCUGGAGAUCUCUCACAUCUUCUGGCCAUUCUAGUGUUAUUAUGGAAAAUAUGGAAAACAAGAUCGUGCGCCGGUUUGUCAGGCAAGAGUCAAAUACUUUUUGCCUUAGUGUUCAGCACACGGUACCUUGAUCUGGUUUUGACAUUCAUCUCAGUAUAUAAUACUGUGAUGAAGAUCAUCUAUCUUGUGUGUUCGUUUGGUACUGUUUACCUGAUGCUGGUCAAGUUUAAGGCAACAUAUGACUCCAACCACGACACGUUCAGGAUCGAGUUCCUGCUUAUUCCUGUGGCUGGUCUGGCUUGUUUAGUAAACCAUGAGUUCUCAGUUCUGGAGUACCAGCAAUGGCAAAAAUUACCACUUCCCCCAUUCCAAGUUGCUAUCGAGAUCUUGUGGACCUUCUCCAUCUACUUGGAGUCAGUAGCCAUCUUGCCCCAGUUGUUUAUGAUAUCAAAGACUGGUGAAGCUGAGACCAUCACCAGCCACUAUUUGUUUGCACUUGGUGCUUACCGUGCUCUGUACAUCAUCAAUUGGAUCUACCGAUACUAUUUUGAGGGAUUCUAUGACUUUAUUGCCAUUGUAGCUGGAUGCGUACAAACAGCGCUUUACUGUGACUUCUUCUACUUGUAUAUUACCAAAGUUCUUAAAGGAAAGUCUCUGAAGUUACCAGCAUAAAAUGACAGGAAAGAGACCUUUGGUUCAUCCGAGCAAGAUGACAAUUUGCUAGUAAACUUGCAGAAAACAUAUCACUGUAAUUUUUAGUGUAACAUUAAUUAAUUCCAUGAGGUGUCCAAGCUGUUUUUUCAUCUGAAUAUUUUUGUAGUUUCGUGGUUGGUGUUUGAAAACUGUGCAGUUGGAGUGUUUAACUUGAGCAAACUAUUACAUGGAAAGUCUUUAUUGCAGUUGUAUGUUUAACUCCAUUUUUUAGCAAGUGAAUAAGUUGCUUUUCAGUGUAAUCUUAUAAAGAAAUCAGAAAUGAUUAACUUAAUCGAGAAAAACAAAGAAAGUAUAGUUAACAACAAACACAUUGCAUAAUCUUCAUUUGGAAUUAUUUGCAUGCUUACAGAGAUUGCUAUAUCAAGCAGGUUUAUGUCAUAGAGGACAAAUUUAUUAUUGCUUAAACCUUUAAGUAUCAUUAUUAAUUUUUUUUUUCAUCCAUUUUCAUUCCUUGCUGGUCUUGAUAAUUAUUAUGCAAACAGUAGUAAGAACCAGUAAUUUGGAAACAAUCCAAUUAAGUUUUGGAACUGGAACAUUAAAGACAAUUCAAGUUAUUCUUUGCAUGGAAGCCAAUGCAGUCAUACAAAGAGGAACAUUUUCAUGUCAUCCUAAUCUGAGAGAAUUUCAAUCAGCCCAGGAAAAUUUGGAGGACCACACCAACUAGCUGUCUACAUGUUUUCAUUAAAAUUAUUUUCUGUUGCAGAAAUCCAUGAUAACACAGUUUUUCUCUUCCUUUAUUAAUUCAGGAAUCACUUUAUCUGAAAAUAACUGUGUAUUUAAUUGAGUCAGUAGGGUUUGAGUGUAAUAUUUUUUUUAGAGGGUCUUUUUAAUACUAUCAGUGUUAGAUAUUAAUGUUCUAUUAAUAUGUAAUGCUAAUAAAUAACUUCAAGUGCUUUGGUCCUCCAA